UGUGUCUGUCAUUAUUUGAGCAAAAAUGGAUGCGCUAUUUAUUUCAUGUUCGUUGUUUUCUUCACGUGAAAACUAAAUUUUAACUAAUCUAAAACACGUUUCUUGUUUGUAGUUUAAUAAAAUACCCACUUACUAAAGUGACUAAACUAAUUUUAUUUAUUUGUGCAUAAUAAUGGAUUCCAACAAGGAGAGUAAACGUAAAAAGGAUAAACCCAAUGAUAGUGAUGAUUACAGGUCAGAGAAAAAACCUAAAAAGCGUAGAUCGAGGUCCAAAACUCCGGAUCGGGCGCAAGAUAGGGAUUCUAGGCGUAAGAGAAAACAUUCCAAGUCAAAAUCUCCUGUACCAACCAAACAAGACAGGCGUCGCGAUUACGUCCCAAAGGAGCCUGAAGAACUUAAACCUGCAGCUCCGGUGAGGAAACCGAAAGAAACCGACAUGCUGAACACUAGAACUGGUGGCGCGUACAUCCCGCCAGCGCGGCUCCGAAUGAUGCAAGCGCAAAUAACAGACAAAACGUCAGCAGCGUACCAAAGACUCGCGUGGGAGGCUUUGAAGAAGUCUAUCCACGGUCACAUUAACAAAAUCAACGUGGGUAACAUUGGCAUCAUUAUCAAAGAGCUCCUAAAAGAGAACAUAGUUCGUGGACGUGGUUUGUUAAGUAGGUCAGUGAUUCAAGCUCAAGCUGCUUCACCAACAUUUACUAACGUUUAUGCGGCCCUGGUAGCUGCUGUAAACUCCCGAUUUCCAAAUAUCGGCGAGUUGUUACUAAAAAGAUUAGUGAUACAGUUUAAAAGAGGUUUCAAGAGAAAUGAUAAACCUAUUUGUAUAUCAUCGGCAACAUUUAUCGCUCAUUUGGUCAACCAGAGGGUCGCUCAUGAAAUUCUUGCAUUAGAACUGUUAACAUUACUUGUUGAGUCCCCAACUGAUGACUCUGUGGAAGUCGCUAUAGCAUUCUUAAAGGAGUGUGGCCAGAAACUUACAGAGGUCUCCUCCAAGGGCGUGAACGCAAUAUUUGAGAUGUUGAGGAACAUUUUACAUGAAGGACAGCUUGACAAGAGGGUGCAGUACAUGAUAGAGGUGAUGUUCCAAGUGUGGAAGGAUGGCUUCAAGGACCAUCCCGCUGUCAUUGAGGAGCUGGAGUUGGUGCCGGAGGAGGAUCAGUUCACUCAUCUGCUGAUGUUAGACGAUGCUACAGACUCACAGGAUAUUCUGAAUGUAUUCAAAUUUGAUGAUAAGUAUGAAGAAAAUGAGCAAAAGUACAAAGCUUUGAGCAAAGAAAUCCUCGGCUCUGAUGCUGAAUCUGGUGAAGAAGAUGGUUCUGGGGAAUCGGGCAGUGAAGAAUCUGAUGAUGACGAAGAAGAAAAAGAAAAGCCUAUGACAAUCAUAGAUAAUACAGAAACUAACUUAGUUGCCCUGCGUCGUACAAUCUACCUUACAAUAAACUCAAGUUUGGACUUUGAGGAAUGUGCUCACAAGCUAAUGAAGAUGCAACUAAAACCAGGACAAGAGAUAGAGCUAUGCCAUAUGUUCUUAGACUGUUGCGCUGAACAGAGGACAUAUGAAAAGUUCUAUGGACUUUUAGCACAACGAUUCUGCAAUAUAAAUCGUAUUUACAUUGGCCCUUUCGAGGAAAUAUUUAAAGAUUCUUAUUCAACUGCCCACAGACUGGAUACGAACCGACUUAGAAAUGUCAGUAAAUUUUUUGCUCAUCUUUUAUUCACUGACUCAAUAAGCUGGGAGGUGCUUGAAUGUGUGAAACUAAAUGAAGAAGACACCACAAGUUCAAGUCGAAUAUACAUUAAAAUACUGUUUCAAGAACUAGCAGAGUAUAUGGGAUUGAAGAAGCUCAACGAUCGCCUGCAGGACCCCACUUUGCAGACAGCCUUUUCUGGAAUAUUCCCCCGGGACAAUCCUAAGAACACAAGGUUCUCAAUCAAUUUCUUCACUUCUAUUGGUCUGGGUGGUUUAACCGAUGAAUUGAGAGAACAUUUGAAGCAAAUGCCAAAGAAUGUUCCAGCAGCUAUAACAGAGAUCAAACUGGACAGUGAUUCCAGUUCAGAUUCCAGUUCCGACAGCUCCUCAUCUAGUGAUUCUAGUUCUAGUGACUCUGAAGACUCUGAUAGUAAGCAAAAGGAAAAAAAUAAUAAGAAAAGGGGAAAGAAAACCACAAAGUCUCCAGAAGUUGAAAAUUCUUCCAAUCAAAGAAACAAUGUCGAGAAAUGGGGACAUGAUGGGUUUUAUGAUACUUACGGUCCUGACGCGAGAAGGAACGAAUCAAGACCUAACAAAGAAAGAGAUGGACGAUAUAAUAACGAUGAAAGAAAUAAGCAUAAUGAAAGGAGUAAAAAUAAUCAGGAUAAUGAUAGGAGAGAAGAUCGUAGAAAAGAGCAACAAGACUAUAGACGAGAAACAGAGAGAGAUUUCAGAAAUGAUUAUAGAAGUAAACCUAAUGACGACAGGAGGAAGAAUAAUGUAGAGUCAGAUAGAAGAAAUAAUGAUCGAGGAUCUAGGACAGAAAGAAAUGACAAUAAUCAGGAAUAUGAACGCCAAGAGGGAGCUACAAGAAGUCUUCAAAUAAGAAACAGUAAUGAAGACAGAUAUAACAAUAAAGAUUUUAGGAAUAGAGAAGGGGGGGAUAAUGACAAGGAACAAAAAAGAGAUCGCGAUUAUAAAGAGUCUGAUAAAAGAAUCGAUAAUCAAAAUUCAAGAAAAGAUAGAAAUAGCAAAAGUAACGUAAAUGAACAUGAAGAGCCCAUAAACAAUUAUGAUGCCCAAAAUCAUAGUUCAAGAGGUCGAGAACGAGACAGAGAACAAAUAGAAAGAGACAACGAUCAGGAUUCUAGAAAAGGAAGAAAUAAUCGUACUACUAAAGGAAGCGAGUUCGAGGACUCCGGAAACAAUCGUGAUCGUCGUAAUAACGAAGAUAGGUAUAAUAAAGAGUCCAAUCCGAAAAAUGACACUAGGGAUUCAAGAACAGAAAGAAGUGGCAAUAAAGUAUAUAUACGCGAAGAAAACAGAAAUAAUCGUGAUGAUAGAAACAAUCACGAAGAUACACACAUUAGGGAGUCAAGAAACCAGAUCAAUGAUAGAAUAGAGAGGUAUAAUAAAAAGGAUUCGAAAAACAAAUCAAAGAUAAUAGAUAGUCGAUCUAAUAAAGAUGAUACUAAUCGUAAAAAUAGACGCGAUGAAGUUAGUGAUGAAAAUAGUAGUUCAGACGAUGACCAUAGACAAACAGAAAAAACUAGAUCCGACAGAAAUGACAAACAACUAAACAAGAACAAACACAAUGAUGAAAAAAGAAAUUCCAAAAGAAACGAGGAGCCACGAAAGAAAGAUCAGAAAGAUUAUGAUAGUACCAGCAGUAGUGAUGAUGAGCAAAAUGAUAAGCAAAAGAGUAAAAAAUCAAAUAAAAAAGCGAAGAAAGCAAAUAAAGAAAAAAGACAUAAGAAAGAAAAAAGUAAUCAUAAAAGAGACGAUAGUGAUGAUAGCGAGGAAGAUUCUCGGCAUAAACGGCGAGAUGAACCGGAGAAUCGUAAAACAGGCAAAGAAUCCAAAAAAACAAAAUCAAAGUCGAAAAAAGGGAAACAAAAAAGACGUGAUAAAAGAAAAGAUAAAGAAAACGUAAGUGACGAAAGCGCUGAUUCAGAUUCCUCAGACAGUUCAGAGAGUUCAGAGAGUUCUGUAAACAAAGGUGGACGUUACUGGGACACAUUUGAUAUUGAAGGCAAAGAAAGUUCCAAAUUUCUUGUAGAGAGUAGAACAAGCAGCAAAAAGGAGAAACGCUCUGAACGGAAGCGCGAACGUUAACAUUGACUUGAUAUUAACAUGUUUUACGUUUUUAAGUUGUAAAAAUCUGAUUUAAAUUUAUAAAGCAGGCAUUAAAUGUUUUAUAAGCCAAA